AUGGACUUCAUCGAGAUCAGUGAAGUGUUCGGGGGGUCUAUACUCCCGGACGAGUGUCGUGGUAGCUAUGAGGACGCCGGCCGGCAGAUCUCGGCUCUGGAGCAGAAGCUUAGUACAAGACAAUUUUCGACAACGGAGAGAGCGAGAACGAACCUUCUCCGAGCCAUCUACUAUAUGCUUGCAGGAGACUUUCCCAAAGCGCGUGAACGUAUUCAAAGCCUUACAGCCCUGCAACACGAAGGGCUUGCCCGGAUCUGGAUACUACGUGGGCAGAUGUACGAAUUCUACGCUGCCAUGCUGCAACAUCGCCCUAUAGCUAUUCGAUUUGCGAUGAUCCCUGGCGAUCCAUACGAACAGCUGAGGGAGGACACUUCUGCUUUGAAGGCUCUGCACAUACAAGCGAAAAAGGCCGGUCGAGCCAUAUGUGCUGCCCAAUCUACAUCAUUGGUCGAGAUGUUAGAGCAGGCACUGAUUCUGGACGUAUGGUCAUACUUGGAUACUUUGCACUCUUCCUACCUUGCACACCCUAGUUUCACACCACUUGUUACAACAGAGUCCCUACCACAGGACCAGAGAGGCCACCUGAGUCUGCGGAAUAUGCAACUUCCAUAUUUGUCCAAUACCCUGGCAGACCGCAUGAGUCAGUUCGGGAAUCCAACAUUUCGGAUCAUCUUGCAGAGAAUGUCCAACGACAUUGAAUGGGCGAAAGGAGCUACAAAUGAGGGCCGAGCUCUUGCCCAGCUUGAAGCCGAAUAUGAAAAUGUCACCGACUACGCGGGCAUGGGCAUGUGCAAGAUAACUGAAGGAGAUCGCAUAUUAUCCCGCCCAUAUACGAGUCCCACAGCGUUCAAUUUGAUUUGUGAGAUCCGGGACAAUGGGUGGGCAAAUAUGGCCUGGGACCCGCUGGAGUCUACCCUGCCGCUGAAGAAUGACAACCGAGCCCAGCGAUGCUAUGCCGAAGCCCUCUUUUAUAUGGAGGCUGCAUGUGCCCCACGGGGCCAAGCUGCCGUCUACCUGCGCAGGGGCUGCGUGAAUCACGCAGAAGGGAUCCGAUCGGAGGCAGGACCUGAGAGUGCACAUCUCGUACAGGCGGAGAAAGAUUUACUGACAGCGGUGGGUCUCUUUACCAAAGACCGCAUGAACCAACAGCUAGUUACCUGCCAUCUCAUCCUGCUUUGCUGUAGCCGUGGACAGGCUGCAGUCGCAGUUGAUACGGCAAGGCGCCUAGGGACAGAGUUGCGCAGAACGCAAAGCCACAAAUUGUCCCACUUCCUUGGGGCAUUAAUGCUUCGAUUUGCUCACUUUCAGUUCUCAAUGCAUAAAAACACUAGUGUGGCUGCUACUUGUUGCCAAUGUGCCGCUGUCUACCAUGAGGCAUUGGACAGUCCUCUAGGUUCGCUUUUUGCAGCAGAGGCAUCUAUUACACUGUUCAAGCGAACACACAACUGGGCACUCGCGGAGGCAAAGAUUAGAGAGACCAUGAAUGGUGUCGGAGUUCUACAGAGCGCAUUUGCAUAUAUUGACCGCAAUUUGUCACGCGGAGUCAGCCUUCAACAUCUCCAUGUACCAAGGGCUUCGCUCCUGCUCGAGUUCGACACUUUGGUCAAAUCCGUCUGUUCAAUGACUGGAAACGAGAACCUACGUUCGCAGUGGGAAUCAGUACGCCAGGGCCUUCUACCGGGAAGCCAACCCAGUCUCAUGGGGUUUGCACCUUUCAGUGCUGAGGCAAGACGUCACCUCAAUGACCCACUACUUGGCUGCGGUGAAGCUGAGAUGGCGUACUUCAUGCAAACAUAUGAGACACGAAAUGACUUUUUAGCUGGUUAUUACCAAGCUAUUGACCGUUGCUUCGAGGCGAUCGGCAGAGGAGACAUGGCCGCCGCUGACGCCCAACUUGAAAUAUUUGUCUCCAGUUGCGACUCACAGAACGCCUUGAGGGUAAGGGAUGUGCUCGACCACAAAAUCCCUACUUUAGCACAGCUUGGCCGGGUAGAUGAAAUGAGACAGGUUCUCCCACAUUUUCUUUCUGAUUGGUUCGCCACAUAUGGGGCAGAGGAUAUUCGUCUCGUCUGCGAUCGCAGAGGAGUACCGAGGGACGUUCGGGAACAGGCCAUACAGGUGCGCAGUGAUAUUGCCCAACAGGACAUCUCCAUGUGUUUCAUGGCCCAGGCCUGGGAUAAGGGAUCUGCGAUACUGCAUAAUAUCGCCACGGUCCUGCCAGACUUUUUCGAAAAACUGAGGUCAGAGCCAAAGCCGGACAGCUGGCAACUGCUCACCUUCAUUGGUGCUUUCUACGAACGGGAAUGGAAGCUCUACGAAGCACUCGAUAAUUAUUUAGACGGUCUAUACCAGGUUGAAAAUUUGAGAUCUAUGAUACCAAACCCCGACGACCGACGCAGAGCUUACUCGACGCUGCACACUGCAGAGUUGUUCUGCGGGCUCGCUCGAACGUCAUUCGCGCUCUCUCAGCGGGCUCGUGCCAAAAGUCCACAAGAGUGGCGUCUGCCGACCUCUUCUUGGCUAGACCAGACGCUCAUCUUCCUCGAGCAAGGCCGGGCAAGAACCUUACUCGAUAUACUACAGGCACAUGACUUUGUAAGCGUGGAUGGCCUUCAAGAGUGGAUGGAAGAGUCGACUCGAAAUCGCUUGCUGUCAACAUUGAUUCAUUCACAGUGCGAGCCUGGGGAUGAGCAGGAUUUUUUUGAGAGGGCACGCAAUGUGGCAAAAGAGCUCGGGAUUCCUGAGGAUACAUUCAAUCCAGUUGAAGAAGCUCUCGGGGGCAGGAGCGAUACAACAGCACAGAUUUUCAAAAACACCAUGUUCGUCCCAGAUAUGCAUGCACUUCUUAGCUCAAUUCCUCCCAAUUCCAUCGUCAUUGAAGUUGGCAUUUGCAUGAGUGGAAUGAUAGCUAUGUGCAUCUCAUCGUCAGGUAUUCAAUCUGUGCACCAGUCCAGCCUCGGAGUAUACGCACUACGCAGACUAGUCGUUGGUUUUCUUGGAAAAAUAUUAGCCUUUCAGAAGGACCCAACUCCCUCUGAGGCGGCUGAGCUGAAGGCGAGUCUGAAUGAUAUUGCGGCUCAGAUAUCUAUUCACCUGAUAGAACCGUUUGCUCCAUAUAUCCGUGCAAGCGACACUGUCAUCUUUGUGCCUACCUCAUAUUUGAACGUCUUUCCUCUUGGCGCAUUGAUGCUGGACGGCGAACCUCUGGUAUUGGCAAAGCCUUUUUACCAGGUACCGAGCUUAGCUGUUCUCCGACAGAUUUCCGAAAAGGCAGCCAAAUCCAGGCGAGGCACCAGGAUCACUGCGGUAGCAGACUGUGGUGAAGAGAACCCGAUACUUUAUGUUGGCCCUGAAGUGGUCUCAGUCUGCAGUUCCUUUGGCGCAGAACCGAUCAAGAGAGACCAGUUCAUGCAAUCUAUUGAAGAUGCUGAACUCAUACAUGUUGCAUCUCACGGUACUGAGAACUAUUCCUCGCCCUGGGAAUCCACAAUCCUCGGCAACAAGUUUCGUGUCCUCGACAUGGCAAAAAUGGACUGUAGUGCGUCCCUUGUGGUCUUCAGCUGCUGCCUCAGUGGUAAAGGCCAAAUCAGCUCCGGAGACGACCUCGUCGGGUUCGCACAUGCUGUACUUCAAUCCGGCGCGCAAGCAGUUCUUGGGGGUUUAUGGAAAGUCUGCGACGGCGCAACCAUGCUGUUGAUGCAUUUAUUUUAUCAGAUACUAUCGGCACCCAGAAAUACUUCCACGGGUAUUAAAAGAUCUGUGGCGGACGCCUGGCAUCAAGCCGUCCGAGGUUUCUACCAGCUAGACAAACGAAGCGCAGGGGUACUAGUUGAUGAACUAGAGAACCUGUGGCGAGCCACCAAGAAUAAAAGGACUAGGCCGGAAGGUGAUUUUACUGAUCUCAAGUACCAGCUGGAUGAAUUAAGGGAGAAAAUAACUAAUGGACAAGCGGACUUCACCUCCCCAUGCAACUGGGCUCCAUUUGCUCUGGUUGGAUGUGGGAGUGUCCAGAUUGUGGGAUCAGCUCCAGACAAAAAAAGGGAAGGAUUCGUUGAUGGUGCCGGGGAAGUAUGA